CGUAAACGAUGGGCUUCCGACGGAUACGACAUUUCUGAACGUCAGCGUUGACGUCACGCGAGCCCGCGGUAUUAAAAAAUUUACGAUAAAAGGCUCUGAAUCUUCGUUUUCAAGAGGCGAAGGACUGAACUGGGCCGUAAAACUUGCAAAAAACGAAGCCGACGAAGCAUUGAUGUUUUUAACGGACGUCGACAUGUCCUUUUCUGAUGCGUUCAUGGACCGAUGUCGAUCGUCUGCCGUUAAAGGGAGACAGGUGUUCUUCCCGAUCGUGUUUUCGCGGUACAACCAGAGUUUGCUGGAGCCUCCAGACUACUUAAGAUCGCAAGGCUCAAAACUGGACCCGAAAAAUAUCAAAUAUGAAAUUCACCAAGAAGUUGGUUACUGGAGAAUUUUCGGACACGGUAACGUGUGCGCGUAUCGAUCUGACCUGCUGAAGGUGGGAGGCUUCGACGGCCUCGAGAGACACAGCUGGGGUGGGGAGGACAUACAGCUACUCGACAAGUUUGUCGCUACCAAGCGAUACAAAAUUGUACGGUCUUUGGAGCCCUCCUUGGAGCACCUGCACCACGGCAAGAACUGCUCGGGCGUCAGUAAGGAGUCCAAACAGGCAUGCGAGGAUACCAAAUACCGCAGUGAGGCCUCUCAACGAACCUACGGUGCAAUGUAUUUCAAAAACAAGCAACUCUAGACAUUAGAUGAAUUAUGAAUAUAGGUCGCAAUAAUAGUUGUUUCUUUCAUAAAGAAGUAUCCCCUUCAAUACUUUCUCUUAUAACCAAACCGAGAGGGCUAACUCCACAAGAAUAGCUAAUUUUGAUACAAUU